AUGUGCAUACAGCUGAACACAGUCAACCCACGCACGCACUUGUGUGUUGUGCCUGUCAGCAGCGCUGGUAAAGGUCAGCGGGUUGCUACAUGGGCGCAUGAGAAAGGAAAUGGGCCGUUGGAUGCAGUGGUCUCCGUGACGGAUGAGCCUCGAACGUUUUGCUUUCUCUUCCCUCUACUCCUCCACUCCCUUCUCCCUCACACGCACACAUCGACGCACUCACGCACUGUAGAGGCGCCCCAGCGAGCCUUUGCCCCCCCCCCCUCCCCUUCUACCUCCCCCUCCCUCCCCCCACCCCUUCAGGCGAGAGAGAUGGCCCACGUUAUACCCAAGGCGCUCCACAAGCGUAUCAAGGGCACCAAUGUGGAGGUGCGCAAGGAGGUGACGGACGACAACACCGACGCACAGUCGGCCCUCCUCUACUCGAUCCACGCUGAUGAUGAAACAGAGCUGCGGUGGCUCCACAACACGCUGCGGCCGGAGCGUAACCUAGUCCACCCAUCCGACGCCUUUCUGCGCGGCAUCAAGACACUGCACCCAGCCGCCAUUUUUAACACGUUUGAUGUGAAGAAGGCGAAACUGCGGCGACUCACGAAGCACGAGAGGGACAAGGCGACCGCCAUGAAGCGCCGCAAGGAGGAGGUGGCCCCCACCGCUGCCUACAAGGCCGCCGUCAACCCUCACAAGACCCCACGCACCGGCGGAGCUGCGCCAGCCGACGAGGUGCGCGUGCUGUCGCGGGGCAUGAACAAGUCACAGAAAGCGCGCAGCCGCAGACGGGCCGCCCAUAAGUCUGGUAAGGUGGCCGAGGCCCCAAAGACCUUCUUCACCAAAUGGAAGAAGCGCAAGCAGGAAAAGAUCGGCCGGGGUCUGUGA